AGAGACACUGGGGCUGAAGGCAGUGAGCAAACACCACCACCCACCAUGAAGUUCUACGUGUGUGCAGCUGUGGGCCUCCUGGCAGUGGCGGCGCUGGUGCACGCCGAUCCUGAGCCCGAGGCCCUCGCUGAGGCUGACCCUGAAGCCUCCCAUCACUACUACCGCCAUCAUCGCCACUACGGCUACUCUUACCCACACUAUGGCCACCACCACUAUCACCACAAGCGUUCUGCUGAUCCAGAGCCCAGCGCUGACGCCUUCGCUGAGCCCAGCCGCUCCUACUACCACGGCCACUACUAUGGCUACCCCAGCCACUACUACGGUCAUAGCCACUCCUACGGCCACCACCACUAUCACCACAAGCGUUCUGCUGACCCAGAGCCCAGCGCUGACGCCUCUGCUGAGCCCAGUCGCUCCUACUACCACGGCCACUACUACGGCUACCCUAGCCACUACUACGGCUACGGCCACCGACACUACUACGGUUACCCUCACCACUACUACCACUAGAGGCGCAUCUUUAGGCGACACCCAGCAGCCGCCCUCUCCCUCUCGGCGGCAGGUGACGAUACCUGCCGCAGGAUAGGCCACUUUUUUUUUUCUAUGUCCUGGCCUAUAGCGCCCGUAGGUAACGCUGUUAAGCUUCCACCCAUUAGUGGCGCAAGCAAUCUUAUUCAUAAUGGUUCCAAUAUUAGGGCCCAUAUCACCACCCAAGCGCAUCUUUGGUGUAACCACCUAUAUAAGCUGGGUAUCUUGGUGACAUGUAGCUACCCUAAUUUUAAACCACUAGACGAAUGGCAAAGUUUCAAGGCCGUAUUUGGUGGAUUUCGAACUUACGCAUGGACGUCUGCCAGAUUCCACGCUUACCACCUUAUUCACUAUGUCACCGUCUCCACUUCUGCUCACGUGGGUUCUUCUCGCGCGGGUGUCGACCCAAACGCCCUCAGGGCACCCGGGUGAGGCGCAGCCCCGCCCCGGCACCCUCACCAACUCGCCUGAAUAAAG